AUGGGCCCCGUACAACCUGGCAGCGGAAUUGGCGCCAUGUCGGCCAACAACGACCUUGACGACGACGAUGACGACGACAUCCAUAGCCACGAUGCUUCUCAUUCGACGAACGCGACCAAACAAGCAUUCCCGAGGAGGGCAAAUUCCGACCCCGCGAACCCAAGCGGUAUUGUCCGAGCUGCAUCUUUCUCGGGACCACCAUCGAACAGGCGGUUACUGGCGCGCUCGACGAGCCCGCAUGGGGACGGACACGGGGAGGGACAUUAUCAUCAAGUGCCGCCCACCAUUCCCUCGAGGAAUGCCUUGACCGAUAUGGAGCUAUCCUUUGGUGACGCUGGUCAGCGCACACCCAAAACUGCCAUUGUCUCAACUACCACCCCUGUCGAUGACGAGGCGACCCAGACUUUGAGAAACUCAAGCCGGCGUUUACGGCCAGAAAAGACCAGGGAGGACAGAGGGAAGAAGGAAAUACGGAAUGCUUCAUGGAAGAAUGCCUUGAAGCUCAUCCUCUCCAGGACAUAUCAGAAAUUGAUCAUUGAGGGCGCAUUACGGGGGAAGCCCCCGCCCCCGAGCCACGAUGGCCGUCGUAAUCCCCUGAACCCGUCAGAAGCGCUGAUUGAUGGGCGAAGCCAGCGUCCUUAUAUCGGCAACUUUAUUCGAUCGAGUCGGUAUACCGCGUACGAUUUCGUGCCCAAGCAACUGCUGUUCCAGUUCAGCAAAUUGGGCAACUUUUACUUUUUGGCCAUGGGUGUUUUGCAAAUGAUUCCUGGAUUGAGUACAGUGGGACGGUGGACUACGAUUGUGCCCCUGUCAAUCUUUGUCGCUUUCAGCAUGCUCAAAGAGGGAUAUGACGAUUAUCGGAGGUACCAGCUGGACAAGUCAGAAAAUCGCAGUGAGACGUGGGUCUUGAACCGCAGACGACGACAUGGCACCACGGCGAAGGAUGCGACGCAGACCGAGGUGCGCGCUGCAACUGGCAAUGACAGCCUUGAGGGCGGCGCGCACGAUAUGAACCCUCGAGACUGGUUGUGCGUGCAAUGGCAACAUGUCAAGGUUGGCGAUGUGGUGAGACUGAGACGAAAUGACGGCGCACCCGCGGAUAUGAUUUUGCUGCAUGCUACGGGGCCCAAUGGCGUUGCCUACAUCGAGACAAUGGCUCUAGAUGGUGAGACAAAUCUCAAGAGCAAGCAGGCCUGUCCUUUGUUGGCGGAGCGGUGCAACACGCUCGACGGCAUCAAGUCGACCACGGCCACAAUUGACUCGGAGGAUCCCAAUAUUGAUUUGUACAGCUACGACGGCCGAGUCACAGCCGGACAUGAAACACAGCCGUUGUCGUUGAACAAUGUCAUUUACCGCGGAUCGAUUCUUCGCAACACUGCCGAGGCGAUCGGCAUAGUGGUCAAUUCCGGAGAGGAAUGCAAGAUUCGCAUGAACGCCAACAAGAAUGUUACCGCCAAGAAGCCCGCCAUGCACACCAUGAUCAACAAGAUGGUGCUCUUUCAGAUUGUCAUUGUGCUCACGCUCGCUGCUGGACUUACCGUCGGCUACUCGUUGUGGAAGAAGGACACCCAAGACUGGUCGUUCUACGUAGCAACCCCAGGCCAGUGGACUGCCGGUGUGCCGUUGAAGGAAGUUUUUUUCGGCUACCUCAUCAUGUUCAACACACUGAUCCCGCUCUCUCUGUACAUCAGCAUGGAAAUCAUCAAGAUUGGCCAGCUCUUCUUGCUGCGGGACGUCGACAUGUACGACCCCGUCACCGAUACCCCCAUGGUGGCCAACACGACUACCAUCUUGGAAAACCUGGGCCAAGUGAGCCACGUAUUUUCGGACAAGACCGGUACGUUGACUGAAAACAUUAUGCGAUUCCGCAAGAUGAGCGUUGCGGGGGUGGCUUUCCUUCACGACAUGGAUAUACAACGCGAUGAGCAUGUGAAGCAAAAGGACAUGGCGGCAGCUGCGUCGCGGAGUCGUCACAACAAGGGCAAGCAGGAACAGCAGCCCCCGCCUCCCGUCUCGCCGCACAAGACCAAGUUUUUCCAUCGGGAUGAAGAUGACAUUUUGGAAGAGGACGAGGAGGAGGGUGCUAAUAGACGAGCGUCACAGCCCAGGAGGACUGCCUCUCUUGCACGUGCAUCACGCUGGAGGUCGACGGUGCGGCCGAACGAGGAACCAGAGAUGAAGACGGAGGAUAUGUUGGACUAUGUUCGCCGACACCCAAACACCGUCUUUUCUCGCAAGGUACGACACUUUCUGCUGUGCAUUGCCUUGUGUCACACCUGCUUGCCUGAGAAACAGGACGAUGGUGAUUUCUCGUUUCAGGCUGCUUCUCCCGAUGAAUUGGCACUGGUUGAAUACGCCCGCGACAUGGGGUGGCUGUUGAUGGAUCGUACCGCGCAGACUAUCAAGUUGCAGACAUAUGAUGACAGGGGUGUGCUUCGAGUCGAGUCGUACCAGGUGCUGGACGUGGUUGAAUUCAGCAGCAAGAGGAAGAGAAUGUCAAUCAUUAUCAGAAUGCCCAAUGGCCGCAUUUGCGUUUUCUGCAAGGGCGCCGACAAUGUCAUCACUUCCCGACUUAGAUUGAGUCAUUUGGCUGAACAAAAGGCAAGUGAUGUUAGCCGACGGGCUAGCAUGCGCAAGACAUUCGAACAGGGCAAGGUCCGAACACGAAUGAGCAUGGCCAGUGGAAGGGGUACGCCGAGAACGAGUCUCGCCUUGAAGCGAGGCGAGUCGAUCGAUCGGUUGGAGAGGCUUCGACGCAGCAUUGGCAGAUUGUCGAUGGAUGCCAGCAGACUUCCGUGCUCAGAGGGCGUCGGGUCGUGGGUGGCUAGACGACAAGCCGACGAGUCGGGAACGCCUCGAGUUUCGCAGGAUGUGUUGUCACACGCCAGACGACAGAGUCUGAGCCACAUGCCGGCGGUUGAGGACGUGGAUCACCGAAUUGACGAGUCCAUGGCCAGCAACGAGGCGGCUGUUUUCGAGCAAUGCUUCCAACAUGUUGAAGAUUUUGCAACCGAGGGUCUGCGAACAUUGCUGCACGCGUAUCGGUACGUCGACGAGGAUGCCUACGCUUCUUGGAAGCAACUGUACCGCGAGGCCGAGACGAGUCUUGUCAACCGCCAGGAGCUGGUUGAGAGGGCCGGCGAGAUGAUUGAGCAGAAGCUCGAGCUUGCUGGCGCCACUGCCACUGAAGACAAGUUGCAAGACGGCGUGCCCGAGACGAUUGACAAGCUCCGACGAGCUAACAUCAAAGUCUGGAUGCUGACAGGCGACAAGCGCGAGACAGCCAUCAAUAUAGGGCACUCGGCCCGCGUGUGCAAGCCGUUUUCGGAGAUAUACAUCCUCGACGGCGCCCGGGGCAACCUCCGAGACACCAUGACGUCGACGCUCAACGACGUCUGCCGUGGCAUGGUCCCGCACUCAGUGGUCGUCGUCGACGGCCACACCCUCGCCACCAUCGAUGCCUCGGACGAGUUGGCCGUCCUCUUCUAUGACCUCGUCCUCCGCGUCGACUCGGUGAUAUGCUGCCGCGCCUCACCCUCCCAAAAGACCAACCUGGUCACGUCCAUCCGACGCUUCAUCCCUUCGUCCAUGACCCUCGCCAUUGGUGACGGCGCCAACGACAUUGGCAUGAUCCAGUCCUCGCACGUCGGCAUCGGGAUUUUCGGCCGCGAAGGGCUCCAAGCCUCACGCAUAUCCGACUACUCCAUCGCCCAGUUCCGCUUCCUUCAGCAGCUGCUGCUCGUCCACGGCCGCUGGAACUACCUCCGCACGGGGAAAUACGUGCUCGCGACGUUUUGGAAGGAGGUGCUCUUCUUCAUGGUCCAGGCGCACUUUCAGCGGUUCAAUGGAUACUCGGGCACGUCGCUCUUUGAGUCGUGGAGUCUGACCGUGUUUAAUAGCCUGUUCACUUCACUGCCCGUCAUCUUGUUGGGCAUCUUUGAGAAGGACCUCGGCGCCGAGACGCUGCUCGCCGUGCCGGAGCUGUACACGUUUGGACAGCAGAACAGGGGGUUCAACCUGCGACAGUACUUUGGAUGGAUGGCGAUGGGGGUCGCAGGCAGCUUUGUCAUUUACUACUUUACGCUGGGCGAGUUUUGGAGCGCGCUGUUUACGGCGGACACUAGCCUUUAUGCCAUGGGCGUGGUAAUCCUCGAGCUACACUCCAAAACGGUCAUCACGUUUGGCGGCUUCAUCAUCUCGGUGGCCGGAUGGUUCCUCUGGUGUCUCUUCCUGUCGGGCAUGUACCCCCCCAAAGUAGGCAAGGACAUGGUCCGACGGGGCCUGCUGCGCAACUUUGGGCGGCAGGCGUCGUGGUGGACGACGCUGCUCGUGGCUCUGGCGGCGCUGGUGGUGAUGGAUCUGGUGGCGCAGGGCGUGCGGAGGGUGUACUGGCCGACGGACCAGGACCUCAUGCAGCGGAUGGAAAAGGAUGCCGGGGCGAGGCGGGCGCUGCGCGAACACGCGGCGCUGCGGGAGGCUGGAUUCGAGGACGACGACGUUGAGAUGCACGACUUGAUUGCGCGCCGGGGCCGGGGGAGCGUGGUCAUCGAUGACGGGGGUGGCUCCAAGGCACACGGUGAGUGUGACUCGUAG